AUGUAUUCGUCAAAACCCUCCAGACCAAAGCCUCUACCAUGGUCGACUCCCUCUCAUCUCUCCGUCUUCGUCCGCAAUCUCCAAUUCCUGAACCUCCAUCACCACCAAGACUGGCCGGGCAUCACCGUUCGUGCCCUAUCGCCCUCGUCGCAGAACCAACGCCAGCGCAUGAAAGCUGUGGAAUGGGCUUUGUAUCAUCUCUGCGCAAUCUGGAAUCCGGAAGUAACACAGGAUAAACUACGCCCGUUUUUCCCUCCAUUGGAAGCGCUGCAGUCGGUGAACCUCCGCGCGGCUUUGUUUCGGGUGCUGUCAGAUCUAAAAAAGAAUGGCGACCUGGGAAAGGAAACAAUACUACGCAAGUCAAUGUUGGACGACUGCAAGGGGGAGAAAUUCGAUGAGCUGCUGGCGUUUUUCUCUACGGCGGUUCUGCGUAAAGUCUUGACCGCCUCGCUUGAUGGGAGGCAGUUGAACCCGGCUCUGAGGUUGUCGUUGGCGAACGGGAUCUCCCCUGAGGAUUACCAGCUUGCGCUGCCUCUUCUCCUGGCGCAUCGGGUUUCACUUGGGUCGACAGAGGAGCGUCGCGCUCGCGUUCUGAAUACAUAUGACAAAUUUUUGCAAUUACUGGAUAAUAAGAAGGUUCAGCUGGAACAACGGUCUCAGGAAAAUCCGCAGUCAGUUCCCGAGGAACCGACAGAUUUCGGACGUCUCGCGGAGCAGGUACAGACAAAUUGGCUGGGUAGCGAAGAAUGGGCGAACAAUCUGCUUUAUGGUGGAUCGCAGAGCAGCAGCGAUGCGUUCCUGGAACUACCAUUUGCGAAGGCCUGGGCAAAGGCGAAAGAAUCAACCGUGGAGGAUCUCAAGGCGGGUUCCUCUCGCGAUCUGUUACUUGAUCUUGACUCGCGGGUAUCGCGCCAGCAGGAUCGACUGAGCAGAUGGCGCGAAUAUAGCAGCACUGCGACCAAGGAGAAUGAACCGGUCAAUACGGACUCGUUACUCUCAAAUAACGCUGCAAGAAACAAUCCAGUGGCUUUUAGGGACCACCAGGCACUCACUGUUGCCAGCAUUGCCAAAGCAGUUCGAGAGCCUGAGAGUCGUGCUACACCUACUCAACAAGACCAAUCCAUUCUACUUUCUAUGAAUGAAGCUCUUGCGCGCAUCGACGGCAAGUCGCGCUCAUCUUCCGGGGAAACGAAGCCCCAAACAUCUCCUGAGCCCGCAGAGCCUGCCACAAGCACUCCAUCGCACGAUCAUAGUCCGCAGGAACCCGCACCAACCACCGAAACCGAGCCGGAACCCAUUCCAUCCCCAGACGACAACGACCAUAUCGACCCAGAGCCUUCAAUAGAUCAUGCCUCCCCCAGCAUAACCCUCACCGAACCAGACUCCGAACCCAGACUCUUCGCCCUAGCCGAACGAACCCGCAAAUCCAUGUCCCUCAUCGCCCCACGCCCCAGCCUCCCACCACCAGAAGAGAAAUCCUCCCGCCGCCAAAACCGAAUGUCCUUCCCCGUGAACCCAUACCAAACCCCGCCAAAGAAAGCACCGCCUAGGGCGCAGACUCCGCAGGAUCAGCUUUUCGAGGAGAGCGCGGAUUAUGCGAGUGUGUUUAAGUCGCGGCCGCUUAUUGCGCAGAGUCCUGUUUCUUCUCCGGCUGUGCAUGUUAGUCCGUUGGGGGAUUUUGAUUUGGAGACGGAUGUGGAUGCGGAGGUUGAUGUUGAUAUUGAUGUUGAUGUUGAUGGGGAGUUGGAUAUGGACGUGGAUGAGGGUGAGAUGCGGGGUUUUGGUUCGCCUUCGAUACGGCGGAGAUGA